CAGGCGCGGUGGCCUCGAUCGGCCUGGGCUGGCAGCCCCACCUUGGCAAGGAGGGUCCUCCAGCGCCCCUCGUCGGCCUGGGCCCCCUGGGCCGCACCCGAGCGAUGCCUCGCUAUUGCGCAGCGAUUUGCUGUAAGAACCUUCGGGGACGAAACAGUAAGGACCGGAAGCUGAGUUUUUAUCCGUUUCCUCUACAUGACAAAGAGAGACUUGAAAAAUGGUUAAAGAAUAUGAAACGAGAUUCAUGGGUUCCCAGUAAAUACCAGUUCCUGUGUAUUGACCAUUUUACUCCUGACUCUCUUGACAUCAGAUGGGGUAUUCGAUAUUUGAAACAAGGAAUUCCAACAGUAUUUUCUUUGCCUGAAGACAAUCAGGAAAAAGACCCUUCUAAAAAAAAAUCUCAGAAGAAAAAAUUAGAUGAUGAGAAAGAAGUAUGCUUAAAAGCCGAGUCACAAGAAUCAUUUGCAUCGAAUGAGCUAAAGAAAAAUACAGUUAAUCCAGAUAUUCUCCCUGAACACACAGGAUUACUUAAUUCACCUACAUUGGGGAAGCCACCAGCUGCAAAAACAGAAGGUAUACAGAAUAACGUAUUAACUCUUAAUCUGAUUAAACAAGAUAUUGGAAAACCGGCAUCUACCUUGGAAACAUCAGUUACCCAAGACAUAGGUAUAGGUGGUUUUCACACAUCUUUUGAGAAUCUCAAUUCUACAACUAUUACUUUGACAACUUCAAAUUCAGAAGAUAUUCAGCCAUCUUUGGAAACCCAAGAAGUGCUUGAAAUAACGACAAAUCAUCUUGCUAAUCCAAACUUUACAAAUAAUUCCAUGGAAAUUAAGUCAGCACAGGAAAGUCCAUUCUUACUCAGCACAAUUACUCAAACAGUUGAAGAAUUAAAUACAAAUAAAGAAUCUGUUAUUGCCAUUUUUGUACCCACAGAAAAUUCCAAACCUACAAUUAAUUCUUUUGUACCUGCUCAAAAAGAAACUGUGGAAAUGGAAGAUCUAGACGUUGAAGACUCCUUAUAUAAGGAUGUAGACUAUGAGACAGAAGUUUUACAAAUUGAACAUUCUUACUGCAGACAAGAUCUAAAUAAGGAACAUCUCUGGCAGAAAGUCUCUAAACUACAUUCAAAGAUAACUCUUCUUGAGCUACAAGAACAACAAACUCUUGGAAGAUUGAAGUCUUUGGAAGCUCUUAUACGGCAGCUAAAACAAGAAAACUGGCUAUCUGAAGAAAAUGUCAAGAUUAUAGAAAACCAUUUCACAACAUACGAAGUUACCAUGAUAUAGAGUGUUAAGAGGUUUUAAAGCUAUGACUUUUGUAUAAGCUUUUUGCAGCCAAACCAAAUUAUAUGUAAAGUGAACUUUUUCCUGUAUUUUUUUCCUCAUCUUAAUGAAGCUAAGUGUUCUAAUGUUCUGAACUACAUCCUGUUCUUAUAAUGUUCAUUUUUGAGAAAAACUAGAGAUUUGUUGGGCUGUAGAGAAAAAGUUUCUCUACUUGGUAAUCUUCCAAGUUAAAGUUAAGAUAGAGUGAGUAAAUAACAUGAUAAUGAUUCAUAAAAUGAGAACGUCUCAGAUAUGGUGAAAGGAAUCCAGAAGAGAAAUCAGACUCUAGUUUCAGUUCUGGUUCUGCCAUUAGCAUACGGAUUGGGCAAGUUACAAUUGAGCCUCAGUCUGUAAUCUGUAAAAUAAGGACACUUCCUAAAUCUAGUCUGUUUAUAGUUCCUUUCCUUACUAUUCAAGUACUUCUACUAGAACAACUUUUCUAUAAAGUAAUACAUACUUACGUCAUACUAAAAUACUGGCUGGUAUUUGAUGUUAUUAACUAUGGAAUUAUCCUCAAAAUUAAAUUCUGUGGUGUGUGGCUUUUUGACUAUAUAGUAAUCCAUAAUAAUAAAGGAAAGUAUUCCUUUUAUAAUUUUAUUCCAGUUGAACUAAAAUAGCCAUCCUGUAGCCAGUUCAUAGGAGAAGUAACUCCCUUAAACUAAAAAAAAAACAAAAACGUGUAUUACAGUACCUUAUGUGUAGCUGACCAUCGUAAUACAGAGUCACUUAAUCUUAAGGUUAUAAUUUAUAAACCAAAAGUUUUAAUGAGGUUAAUUUUUAAAAAUCUAUAUAAAAUUACUUUAUUUUAGAAAUCAUGCCUUUCAUCUGUUUAAUGUGUAGCUUUUUAAAAUGUGUCCUUUUGUCAUUUUACAAUUCCAGAAUGAUAGAGUAGCACUUAAUAUUAUACAUGCCCACUUAUGUAUAUUUUAUUAAAAUACAUAAGAAAUUAUAGAUAUGUGGUGAUGUUCUUAGGCAAGUAGGAAAGAAAUGGUGAUAUAAAUAAAAAUACUGCUUAUAUCCGUAUGAGUUUUUAAAAAUGUGAAAGCAAAGACUUACUGGGAACAAUAAAAACGUGGGGAAAAAAGAUCUAAAAUUGUCAGUUCAUAUAAGAUGUUACUGAUGGUGGUAUUGAGCAAGUUCUGAUCAGACUGACUCCUAGGGUUUUUUUUCAUCUUUUUAAAUAAAAAAUACUGUUGAGGAGGACUUUGAGAAUUCUGUGAGGUAAUAUAUUUUUGGUCCUGGAAAAUAAGAGGUGCUCAAUAAAUAUUAGUUGACUGCACAGCAGAGAGUAUGCCAAUUGUUUUGUAAAAUGAUGGUGAUUGUUUUUGGCCCUAUUUUAGUUUUUUCAAGCUCAUAAAAUUACUUGGUAUUAUAUAAAUAUGUGUCAGCUAAAUACAAAGAAUUAAUUUAGAAAUGUCCUUAUGGAGACCAUGGGAGAAAAAAACUUUGUUUUUGCAUAAGUUGUGUGCAGAUAAUUGGUAGAAUUAAUGUUAUUAUUUAGUAUUAUAUUUCAUUUUAUAAUACUUUAGUAAAAAUAGUAUAGAUGAAAGUAAUCUUGAUAAGUCAUUAUAAAAUAAUGUUUAACUCUGCUUUUAACUAUGUAUAUUGUAGUUUUUUUCUAUUUGUUUGAAAUUGUAGUUUACUCAGGAAUAAUUUAAACUGGUUGUAUUUCUUUAAAUGUAAUAAAUUAUAUGUAUUUAAGAUAU